AUGCAUUUAAUAAAUCUAAUACCUGAGGUAGUGUUAAAUGCCGAGAAGCCCAAACCUGUUUUAAAACACACGUGCAGAAUACCAUCCGAGCCAGACGAAGUUGAUAAAUUAAUAAAAGGUAGCGAUUUAUUUUCAUAUGUGAAUCGCUGGUUCAUGCGUAAGCGCAUUUUAUCACCUAAUCAGUAUUACGCUCAAACUUAUCUGAAAAGUACGACAGCGAUUAAGCGUGAAAUAAAUAAUCAUCUGCUAAAAUUCCCUUUUAUGAUCCAUCCAUUCAGUUCGUUCAGAAACUUGUGGUACAUAAUUGUAAGUGUAAUUACGAUUAUAACUCUCGUAUGGGUACCAUUCCUAAGUGCAUUUUAUUUGGAUAGUGCACUGCCCAGCUUCGGAUACCUAGUGAUAAUUGACAUUAUCAUGGUGCUCGAUAAUUUUAUUUAUUGUUUAACCGGAUAUUAUGAUCAGAUCACGAAAAAAGUAAUUUUAGAUCCUAAAAUUGUAUUUAAGAAGUAUGUAACAAGUUUUUUUAUUUUUGAUUUCUUCUCGGCUUUACCGUUUCAAACAAUUGACUUUAUUAUUAAUAACGAAAAAAGUAUCAGCUGGUACGGUUCAAUUGCCAAUUGCUUUAAAAUAUUUCGAGUGGGCAAUCUUAUUCGCAAUAUCCGUCAUCUUAAUCACGCAUACAACGUACACUUUCAAAUCAGAAUAUAUUUGGAUCUUUUUUUAAUAUUGACUAUUAGUUUGCAUUGGUCGGCAUGUAUGACCUAUUAUGUGCCAUUGUUGAUUUUAAAAUUUCCCAACGCUAUUGACAUCGAUUCAAAGUCGUGGAUAUUAAGUAAAAAUAUGGAGAAACGAGAUACGAAAAUGAAAAAAUAUAUUUUGUCGAUGAACCGGGCCAUGAUAUCGUUAGUUAGCUCGGAACAUUAUUUAGACGUCGCAACCCCGGAGGACAUGAUAAUAAAUUUUAUUCUAUCCAUCAUAGGAAAAAUUGGAUUUAUUUAUCUGCUAUCUCAGUUUUCGCGGCUCAUAACAACCUUACAAUCCUUCAAUAACGAGCGCCUGAAACUAUUGCAGCAAUUGCAAGAGUACAUGCAGUAUAAAGAAUUGCCUCGGGUUAUGCAAAAGAGGCUACUCGAAUAUAGCAAUUACUGGUACAAGAAGAAUUUUAUCCGAGACACUCACAUUCUCAGUCAAGUAUCCGAACCUCUUCGUAAAGAACUGAUAUUCCACAACUACAAGAGGCUACUAGAUAACGUGAAAUUAUUUAAAUACUUGCCAGAGCCAGCGAUCGAAAAGCUAAUUAUGUUCAUUAAACCGGAACUAUAUUUGUCGAAUGAUAUAAUUGUUAAAUCCGGUACAAUUGGCGAUACGAUGUAUUUUAUCGACUCUGGCACUGUUGCCGUCUACUCAAGUUUCGGAAAAGAAAUCUGCCACUUGGAGGACGGUUCGUACUUCGGGGAGAUGGCCUUGGUGAUCGAGAACGAGCAGAGAAUAGCGGACGUCGUGGCAAUCGAGACCUGCGAGAUCUUGAAGGUGUCGCGCGACGCUUUCCUGCAGAUCGUCGCCACCUAUCCCAAUUUGCUGGGCCAUCUCCAAAAGGUCGUCUUAACGCAGCUGGCUACGAGUGUGCCCCUCAAUGACAUAUACAAGCGGGAAGAUUUAGAACGGAAUUACGUCAAUAUCAGCAACUUGCGCAGAGCCAUCGGGAGCACCACUCAGAAUUAA